AUGACUCCGCCCACGACAACCAAACGCCUUACCGAUGCACAGCGCACUGAGCAAUACAUUCGACCCUCACUGCUGAAAGCGGGCGACAGGAUCAAGCACGGAGAGCUCAAGAGUCUCUGCAAUGAGUUCAAGGUUACAAAGGGAGCCUUGGCUAAGCUCUGGAAGCGAGCAAGCGAGACUCUCGAUGACCAAGGCACCGUCGACGUUCGUUCAGGCAUCAAGGCAAGAAGUGGCCGACGACGUAAGACCCCAUUGAUUGUCUUGGAAGCAAAGGUGAAGGCGGCUCCUAGUUUCAAGCGCUCGACGCUCCGAUGCCUUGCUGAGUCCACCGGAAUUGCAAGGACGACGUUGUGGCGGCUGCUGCAGUCCAAGGUCAUGAAGCGAUGUACGAGCCGCCUCAAGCCCAUGCAAACGGACAAGCACAAGUCCGACCGCAUGGCGUUCGUCCAACGCCACCUACGAACAGAAGCAUCGGGCAAGCGAUACUGGCACGACAUGCUGGACACAGUGCACAUCGACGAGAAAUGGUUCUAUGUGACGAAACAGAACCGUCGAUACUACCUGUGGAGUGACAAAGCUGUGCCAACGCGGAAGUGCCGAUCCAAGAUGGAUAUCAUGAAGGUUAUGUUUCUCACUGCUGUUGCGCGGCCAAGAUACGACGCGCGAAACAAGCGGAUGUGGGAUGGUCGUAUUGGAAUGAGGCCUUUCGUGAAGACAAGGCCGGCGCUGCGAAGCAGCAAGAACCGCAAGCGUGGCGAUGAUGUUACUGAACCAUUCACAGUGACACGGGACGUUUACCCGUCCUUCUUGAUCGACAAAGUCAUUCCGGCUGUGCGUUCCAAGUGGCCGUCAAGCAUGAAGAACCAGAUAUGGAUUCAACAAGACAACGCGAAACCCCAUGUUAGCGUGAACGACCCUGCUGUCAUUGCUGCUGGACGCCAAGGUGGGUGGACCAUCAGCCUGUGCUCACAACCAGCGCAAAGUCCAGACCUGAACGUGUUAGACCUGGGUUACUUCAACGCUAUCCAGAGCCUCCAACACUAA